GGCAAAUGCAAAGAGCAUGGCAUAGUUAUAGACGUACGUUACGUGACCAUUUUAAAACAGUUGGAGGUGCAGGUGAUAUAACGAAUGCAAAGAGUAAGCCUUAUGAGGGUGUUAGCAAACUGGAUUGGGAAUAUCUAUGUAAUUGUUGGAGCGACCCUUCAUAUCUGCAAAGGGCUUUGCAGAAUGCUGAAUCAUGUAAGAAAAGAAAAUGGACUUCUAGAAAAGGUUCUAAAAGUACAUCACGUCAUCACACUAGUCGCGGGGUUGAGUUAAAUGCUCAUGUUGGUCAUAUUGAGACGUGGUGUCUCCGUCAUUGGCAUCCAGAACGUGGUUGGGUAUCUACAGAAGCCGAA